GAAUUGUUUUCAAAUGCCGAAUGAGGGUUGGGAAUGUUUUGGGAUAAAUAAUUACUAAUGUGAAAAUGUGAAGAAUACGAAACGAAUACGAAACGAAACAAAAUGAAAUUCAGAGGACUCAUUUCAGAUUCUACCGCUAUGCGAGACUUCAUGAAUAUUGCAACCAGCCUAUCUAAAUUUUCCAAAGAAUGUGUUAUGAGAAUCACCACCAGAAAUGUAUAUUUUAUUGUCUCUGAGGAAGAAUCUGGUCCCCGACGUCCACUAGUUUGGUGUGAUUUACCAGCUAAUUUUUAUUUCAAAGAAUACAAUGUAGUAGGAGUCAGUGAUGAAUACAAUGAGAUAUAUUUGGAAUUUUCAACAGCUCUUUUGGCUAGAUCUGUAUCAGUUUUGAAACAAAAUGUGAAGAAUUUGAAAAUAAAACUUACCAAUAAAGAAUUUCCCUGUCUUACAUUGGAGAUGGAACUGGCUCCAGAGGAUAUUCAAUCUAGACAAUGUGUUCAUGACAUACGAGUGGAAGUAAUCUCUAGAAAACAUUGGAGUAAUUAUGAAGAACCAAGAUUCAACGAUUUUCAUGUAACAAUAUCAAUGCCACCUUUAAAACAUUUAAAGAGUAUUGUGGAGAGAAUGAAGAAUAUGAGUCACCAGUUGAUUGUUUCUGCAAAUAAAAAUGGUAGAUUGAUUCUUCGAAUACAAACUAAUACUGUGACAAUAUCAUCACAUUUUCCAGACUUAAAUUUAGAGAGUUUUGCAGUUGGCAUCACUUCAAACAACGACAUCGAUGAUACAAAUGAAGAUGACGAAAUGCAUGCAGUUAGUUCCACAAUAGAUAUAAAAAAAUUUUUAAUGUUUCUCUCAGGUAUGCAACUAAAUAACUGUAAAGCCCUAUGUGGGAUUGUCCAUAAUAGAAUGGUGAAAUUAUAUAUGGAACAACCCGGAGCAAUGAAAUUGCAAAUAUUCCUUACAGAAUUAAAUGAUUAGGUAGUACAUAAAAUCUUAUAUUAUUUUAUAGUAUAAAUAGGAUACUUAUUUUUCUAUUCUGUUGAAUAAACAACCAAUUUAUUAA